AUGGACACAAUAGCCCCCACCAAUUUGCUAGACAAGCACAACAAGCUCAUUUUCGAGGUCCUCAGAAGUUAUCGCGAUCUCAUGAAUUGUGCGACAGUCCAGGCUAUGGACAAAAAUAACAGGCAAGAUCAAGAAGCCCAAGUGAACAAGCUCAACUUCAGAGAUCCCGAGACAAUGGCAGCUGCUGGCAUCAGGACACAAAGAAAGUUUGACCAACUGUACGAUAAUAUCAAGGAACUUCUAGCACUAUCACGCACAAUCAAGGAGCUUUGGGUAUUUGGACCUCUGGACCGAGCCGAUACUCAACGUAAGGAGAAGGAGGAGCGCAUUGACCGCGACGUGAACGAAGUAGCGCGUCUGCUUGACAAUUUGGAUGCAAAUUCUAUGCGAGCACUCGCCGAGGGUAACGGUGGAACAUGGGAACCUCAAGGAGAAGCUGCUUCGUC